AUGCUGGAUCUUCCUUCUACAAAACGUUUAAAAAGUUACUUGAAAAAUUACACUUCAGUGCCUCAUUUAGCAGGAACAGAAUCAGAUAGACAACAGGCAGAAUGGACACGUGAAAAAUUAAAUGAAUUUGGUAUUCCAGAAACAAAAAUUGAAACAUAUUAUCCAUUAUUGAAUUACCCCGUAUCGCGUCGAUUGGCUAUUGUAUCAGGGCCUAAAUAUCUUCAAUACAAUGCAACAUUAAAAGAAACUAGUGUGCAUGAAGACCCUUCUACCACAAAUCCUGACAUUGUACCUUUAUUUCAUGGAUAUUCCAAGAAUGGCACAGCAAGAGGUCCUGUCAUAUAUGCAAAUUAUGGCCGUUUAGAGGAUUUUCAAUUUUUGGUGGAUCAAGGUAUACAAGUAAAUGGCACAAUUGCCUUAGUGAGAUAUGGAUCUGUAUUACGUGGGUUAAAAAUUAGAGCUGCUGAGCAAUAUGGAUGUGUUGGUGUCUUGAUCUAUUCUGAUCCUAUUGAUGAUGGACCUAUCAACAAAGAUAAUACUAAAUCAUACCCUGAAGGGCCAUGGCGAUCAUCCACCUCAGCACAACGUGGAUCUGUCCAAUAUCUUUCCUUGAUGGCAGGUGAUGCUCUUACACCCGAUAUCCCAGCUACAAAAAAUGCGACUCGACUUAAGAUGGAAGACUCACAGGUUUUACCAAAGAUUCCCUCUCUACCUUUAUCUUGGGAAGAUGCUUUACCAUUAUUAAAGGCGACUGAAGGACGAGGGAUUUAUGGUGAAUUUGAUUGGUGCGGUGGUCUAGAAGAAGUUGAUUAUUUUAGCGGACCAAGUGAAGGCAUUGUAGAGAUGGAAAAUAAUGUUGAAUAUAAAAUUACCCCUAUUUGGAAUGUGAUUGGCCGCAUUGAAGGAUCUAUGGAGCCUCAUCGUUCAAUUAUCCUGGGCAAUCAUAGGGAUGCUUGGGUCUACGGUGCUGUAGAUCCUUCUUCUGGAUCAGCCAGUUUGUUAGAGAUUGCUAGAGUCCUUGGACAAAUGUUAUUGUCUGGUUGGAGACCCAAACGUACCAUCAUUUUAGCUUCUUGGGAUGCAGAGGAAUAUGGGUUAAUUGGAUCUACUGAAUGGGUGGAAGAUCAUAAAGAAUGGCUUAGUAAAGAAGCAGCGGUCUAUAUCAAUUGUGAUAUGGCUGUAAGUGGGCCCUACUUUACAGCAGGAGCUUCUCCUUCUUUAAACCAAUUACUGUAUGAGGUUACAAAUAUAGUAAACGAUCCAUUAUCGGGGAAAACGGUUUACGAAGCGUGGAGUGCACGAAAUAAUUUGACAGGUAUACCCUCCGCAACACCUCCUGUUGGUGUCCUAGGCUCUGGAUCAGAUUUUACGGCUUUUAUGGAUUAUGUUGGUAUUGCUAGUAUUGAUAUAUCAUUUAAUGGUGACUAUGGUGUUUAUCAUAGUGUUUAUGAUAGUUUCCAUUGGAUGGAAAAAUUUGGAGAUCCUAAAUUUGAAUAUCAUCAGGCCAUGGUUAGAAUUUGGGGAUUAUUAGCGCUUCGAUUAGCAGAUGACCUUAUCAUGCCUAUACAUCCAUUAGAUUAUGCUAAGGAGCUUCAAAAUUAUGUUCAUCGUCUUUAUAAGGAUUCAGCACCAUAUACUUUCCCUAUGCUUAAAAAAUCGGUUAAUGCACUCAUCAGUGCGGCCACAACAUUUGAAGAAAACCUAGUAUCAAUGAAAAAGAAGCUAAGACCAUUUAAUAAUGAAGAUUAUCCCAAGAUAUCAGCCAAAUGGGCAAAACGCAUUGAAAAGGCAAACGAUCGUCUAACAGUAUUUGAACGUGGAUUUAUCGACCCAGAAGGUAUUAAGGGACGUGAAUGGUUUAAGCAUGUUGUUUAUGCACCUGGACUCUGGACAGGAUAUUCGGGACAAGUAUUUCCUGCUAUAACUGAAGCAUUGAGUAACAAAGAUAUGCAUUUGGUUAGACAUACAGAGAUGAAAGCCUCAAAAUCGAUGCAAAAAGCUCAGGAUUUUUUAAAUAAAUAA